GACUCCAACUUUUUGGGGUGCCUGCGGCCUAUCGGGAUUGCUUUUUACCGCCAUGCGAUCAUCGGCGAAGACAGACGUCAAAUAGGUAACCGAGUGCCCGAGAUGUUCCACGAAAGUAAGCAACAUUCAGUCUAAAACCCUCCACACCCGCCGUUUCCAUGCUUCCACACCUCGCAACUAUCGCCUUCAUCAACCACAAUGCAAGAGCCAUCCUACAAUCCCGAAAGCCCCAUGGGCACCUACACAAUGGCUUACCAACAUCCCCUUACCAGCAGUCCCACCCACACCGCUGUCGGUAUGCUCGUCGAGUACCCACCCAACGGCGCCACACCACCACACCGCCACGGUGGUGCCUGCGUCUCCGCGUUCGUGCUGCAAGGCUCCGUCCUGAUCAAGAUGAAUGACGAGCCGGCGCGCGUCGUGCCCCAGGGCGGCUCGUGGUAUGAGGCACCCGGCUGCCAUCAUCGGAUCAGUACGAAUGCGAGUGCGACGGAGCCAGCGUCGUUUUUUGUGAAUUUCGUGGUCGAGUCGGAGGUUUUGAAGAGGGAGGGGGUGGCGGCGCUGUUGCAGUAUGAUGCUGAGUGGGUUGAUAUUGUGGCGCAGAAGACGCGGGGUUAGCUCGGCUGCUGGUUGGGUGAAGCGAUGCUUGUUCGCUUUUAGAGUACCGUACCUCUUCCACU